GUACAAACACACACACAUAUAUAGGUACAGGCAGGUGGUAUCCAUACAAACAAAAUUAUACAAUAUUUAUUGAUACUUAUCAUAAUAAUGGAUGUAUUAAAACCAGAACUAAUAUGGGUAGAUGGAAGGUGUUAUAGAUUUUUUGAAAGUGAAGCUUGGAUAAAUAAAAGUAAUAUGGAUUCAUAUGUAGAAGAAGAUUAUCAGGCAGAUUAUACAGAUGAAGAAUCUUUUGAUCUUAAAUCUGAAAUAGUACCUCAUGGAGAAACAAAAUUCAAGAUUUCAUUCCAUGUUCCAAAACCAUUUUUUCCAUUCAUUGUUGGUUCCAAGAAUGCAGUACGUAAGAGAAUAGAAAUUGAGACCAAAACGAGUAUACAAGUUCCCAAGUCAGAACAAGAUGGAGAUAUAGUUAUAAUCGGAUCAGAUCAUAGAGGCAUUUUAACAGCUCGACGUCGAAUUGAUUUAAUUGUAGAAGUGUCUAGAAAAAAAUUAACUUCCACUCAUUUUCUGUGUAUACCAUUAAAUGUUGAGGGGAUUAUUGAACAUUUCAAUUCGUUUAAAAGUCAUGUCAUUGAAAAAUAUGGAGGAAUUACUACAGGCAUUGAAGACAUUAUUUUCCAGAAAGCAAGUAAAUUGCAUCUUACUUUGGGAAUGCUUACUUUACUAGAUGAGGGAGAAAGAAAGCAAGCAGUACAAACGUUAAUGGAUUGCAAACAACAUGUUAUUGACCCUUUCAUUGAGCAGCAUGGCUUAUUUACCAUACAAAUAAAAGGUGUUGAUUGCAUGAAUGAUGAUCCAAGUGCUGUUAAAGUUCUUUAUGGAAUAGUAUUAACAGAAAAUGAUGUAUUGCAAGAAUUAUCCAAUCGAAUUGUAGACUAUUUUGCAGAAAAGGAAUUAAUGGCAAAAAGAAGCAAGGAUGUUAAACUACAUGCUACGUUUAUGAAUAUAUCAUACAGAAAGGAUAACCCCGAUGCGACAACUGAUCAAAAUAUUAACCAAUUAUUUGAUGCCACGCAAAUAAUGAAAGAAUAUAAAGAUAGAUUUUUUGGUAAAACAGUUUUAAAAGAAAUCCAUUUAUCUCAACGUAAAACAGCUACUGAGAAGAACUUUUAUCAAGCAACAGCUAAAAUUACAUUGGGAUGAGAGACAAGAAUUAGAAAAAAAUACAGUUUUUAUAAUAUAUGUAAAUAUGUGUUUAAUUAUAAUAAAUAAUAU